AUGGCUAUAUUAUUAUCAUUACCCGUAUCUUUACUCUUUUCAACUCUAAGAUUAGAAAUUACUACUCGGAUGGCUUUGCUAACUACGCCACAAGUUAUGGAUCAAAGUUCGAGUUUGAUUUCCGGAAGUGACAAGCAUUUUAUCAUACGUCUUUUGUCACAUAAUCGAAAUUUAACGAUUUCUGAACGAAAUGGAAAUUUGUUCGCUGAUUCUCUAUUGAUUGAUUCACUUGAUAACAACAUAAUUAAUACGUUAAAUAUCAGAUGUUCCAAUGAUAUUUUGUUGAGAAUCACAAUGAAUAAUAAUACAUCAAGGACGAUGCUAUCACCUUCAUUAUGCCGACAAAAUACCCAAUUAAAGGCGCAAAUUGGCGGUACAAAUGAAAAUAAAGGAUUGUUGUUUGAUGGUUGUGUAGAGAAUGUCACUAUUGCUGGAAAAGUUUUAUUAGAUCGAUGGUGCAGCUUUGAUGAAACAACUCACCAGCAAACAUCUCAACAGCAAAGACAGCAUCAAAAAGAUGCAAACGAGCAAUCAGAUGGACCACGUCCUCCGCCACAUUACGUGGGACUACAACAUUUUACAGAGCCAUUAGUUUUGGAUGAGGGAGCAACUGCUCCAAUACAAAGUUGGAAUAUUUAUGCUUUUUCAAGACAUCAUUACAGGAAUAUUUCUAAAGAAGACAUAUUGUUCAGAUUGCUGGAACCACCACAACAUGGUCAAUUACUAAAGUAUGGCCAACCAAUAAACCAAUUUGCUAGCAGUGAUAUUUUAGCCAAUAAAAUAUUUUAUAAGCACGAUGAUAGUGAAACAACUAUUGAUAACAUUGGUUUGGAGACUGCAAUAAUUUCACGAGAAGUGGUGACACCAAAACGGAACAUGAUUUACAAUAUACCAAUACGAAUCAAUCCUGUCAAUGAUCCACCGGAACUGAAAUCGGGAACUGAUUCAGAAAUGCUAUGGAUAACUGGUGACUCAAAACUUACGUUGGAUAGCCGAGCAAUAAACUUGUGGGAUGCGGAUAGCGAUCCGGAAACGGUGUACGUCUCUGUUAUUGCUGCAAAUGGAGUUCGGCUAGAAGAUUCGGGAAGCAAGGAAAUUCAAAAAUUUACUCAGCGCGACUUUUUAAAUAACGAUGUUCAUGCUAUUCUUACAGGUAAGGUAAGUGAGGGUACGUUGAAACUGAUUGCUAGUGAUGGUGAACGACAAUCUGAUGCACUCCAGUUGACAAUACAUUUUGCUCCGAUUGAGAUACAGCUGAAGGCUAAUACAGGCCUUAAAGUGAUCCAUCAAACGGCAGCCAUUAUCUCAUCAGCAAAUUUAUCAUUCACAACAAAUCUUCCUGGAAUUCCAAUUAAGUAUACCAUUGUUGACCAGCCAGAAUAUGGUGUUGUACAGUGUCGCCAUGGUUUGGGACAGUUUGAAAUUUGUUCAACAUUUAGCCAAAAUGAUAUCGACAGUUCACGUGUACAGUAUAAACAUUCCAGUGCUAUGAAUCCAAUGCUUGAUACUUUUAGCUUUCAGAUUCGAGUUGAUACUACGACAUCAAUGAUACACGUUUUUCGUAUAACUUUCAUUACGGUUCACGUUAAAAUUUUUAAUCGUAUUCCAUGUUUACUAAAUAACACUGAUAAUUUGGUGUUGAAACGAGAAAAUUUAUUUGCUUGGACAUUUCCUAAAAGUUUUCCAACCAAUCAACUCGUUUAUCAUAUUAUUGAGCCACCAAAAUUUGGUACUUUAUUGCGUCGAGUUGAGAAAAAUCGCAAUCGACGAAUUGGUGUUUCAUCAAAUUUCACUCAAAAGCACAUUGACGAUGGUGAAAUUACUUAUAAAAUGCAUUUUGUGCAGUAUUCCAUUGUCAACGAUUUCUUCACUUUCCGAUUAAUCACACCAUCGGUUACAUCAGAAGAAGUACUUUUCGAGAUAACAUUUAUUCCAGGACGUGGUUCUGUACAACUCAUUAAUCGAACUGUUAUUGUUGAAGAGGGUGGCAUGCAAAAGAUAAGCAAUGAGUCACUAUCAUUACGAACUCCUGAUAGCAGUCGUUUUGUGUUUAUCAUAGGUAAUGCACCGGUCUACGGCAAUAUACUGUUAAAGCGAGCAACCGGUGAGCAACUCCGGCUGAUCGAUGGAGAUAAUUUCACCACUUCGGAUGUUAACAGUGGAAAUGUUUUCUAUCAACAUAUGGAUGGUGAGAAUCGCAUUGAUCAAGUAUUCCUCUUGGCCGAGAGUAUUUAUGAACGUACAAGUCGAGUACCAUUCUGGCUAACAAUUAGACUGAUCUUGAAGAAUGAUAAUGUUCCAAGGUUGAUUGGCAAUAAUAUCAUACAGAUCACAGAACGCGGCGAUCGUACAUUAUAUCCAUCAUUGCUACCUUGGGUAGAUGACGAUAUCGAUGCACAACCCUUGCAGUUUACUUUUUAUGACAAUUUUCGACACGCUGCCAUUUUGUCCACUUUUCCGCCAUUUGCACCACUGCACAGUUUCACUCAACGACAAAUGCAAAACAGUGAAGUGCUAAUAAGACACUUCGGAUAUAGCAAAAAUUUUAAAAUGAAUUACACCGUAUCGGAUGGAGUGCAUCAGGUACCCUCAGUACUAGUAAUCACCGCAUCGCAACCUUUCAUAAGGAUUCAAAAUAGCAACAUUACAAUUUCGAUCACUAAUGCAACAACUGCAGCAGCAACUGCAAUCUUUGUGCCAUUAACGAACCGUAAUCUUUCCGCUGUAACUAACGUUGAUGCAAAAAAAUCUGACAUUUGGUUUAAAGUUACAACCGGAAAUUGGAUCUUUAUCAGUAAUUCUAUCAAGAAACUGGUAAAAAGUUUCACACAACAGGAUAUCGAUGAUGGUCUAAUACAGUACCGUAUCACUGUUCCAUCAAUCAAUAAUGAUCAACAUGAACAAGCAAUCACUGCUACAGUUGCAAAUCUAACAGUCACAAAAACUUUCAAAGUUUUCAAAAUUCAUCUGGAUGAUAGUGAAAGGGAUCAUUUGGAAAUGCGCACUUUGACCUCAUUGGUUGUUCCGUUUUCAUCAAUUUCGCAAAUUGACAAAAGUGUUCUACUAGCGACAGCUUCGCAUAAACAUCCAAGCGAAAUCGUUUUUGAUGUCAUCCGGCAGCCAAUGCAUGGUUCACUUAUAUUGGAAUCGUUGAGAGCAAUUAAUAACGGACGUACCGUAAUGCCAAGUAAUUUCUUCGUUUCACGUUUUACGCAAGCGCAUGUAAAUGCCGGCCAAAUACAAUAUUUACAUAAUGGUAUAUUGUCAUCACGUGAUUCUGUUGUUUUCAACGUUUCGAUUGGAAAACAAAUGAUUGGACCAUAUACGUUGUUUAUUAAUGUUGUAGAUGACAGGAUUGAAUUAUCUGUAUCAAACAUCACAGUUAUAUCCGGAUCUAACAAAACAAUAAACAGUGAUGUCAUACAUGCAACAGCUGGCAAUGAACGUGACAUAGAAUUUCGGAUUUUGUCGGAUCCUGAAUUCGGGUGGCUUGUUCGUGAUGCUUCAAAUUUAACUAAUAUCAGUACUAUUAGACAGUUCAGUAUUCAAGAACUCAGUGAUCAUCGAAUCCAUUACAUAAGUAAUCCGACUAGUCGAGAGCUAAGAGACACGUUUACGGUAGCAGCAUGUACCAUCGAUACACAACAAUGCACCUUACCAAAACAGGUAACUGUUUUGGUAAGGCAUCAUAAUUUAUAUGAACCGGAAUUGCUGCGUAACGAAAUAAUGAAAAUAUGGAAUAUGCGUAAGACACCGAUUACCAAACAGCACUUAUUUUCACAGGAUGACGAUACACCUACCGAGCAAAUACGGUACCUUAUCAAUCAACCGCUGAAUGGAUACGUUGCUCGUGCGAAUAAUCCUUCAAAAGCUAUUACAAAUUUUUCACAAGCCGAAAUUAACAAAUUAGAAAUAAUCUUUGUAAAAAAUGAAGAUACUGCAACAGCUGGUGGCUUUUCCUUUCUCGUAAGCGACGGUCUUCAUCAAAUUGGUCCUGAAUGGUUUACAAUUGAAAGCUUGCAAGGAAUUAAAAUCAUGAUGGACGCAAAUGGUCCUCUUGUAGUGCCACCGGGAAAAUUUCCUGCUAUUAUCGGAUCUGAUUUAUUGAAAGUUCAUAUUUCGGAUGUGGAUCCAAGUAAAAUUGUAUAUAAGCUGACGAAAAUGCCACGUUAUGGAAAUUUGCUGCUUUCGGGAGUACUUACUGAGCAGUUCACGCAAGAAGAUAUCAAUGAGGGUCGAUUAACCUACAAAGUAGAUAGUGAUUUUUUAGAUGAAUGGACUAAAAAAGAUCUGUUUUUGUUCAAAGUUUUGCUAAAUAACUCAACGGAUAAUUCAGCGAUUGAUGAAAAUCGUUUCAAAAUUUCAAUUACUUACGCCGCUUUACCGUCACAUCGCUUACAUGAAUUCAUUCAGCUUCAUAGUGUUGUUGUUUCACGUGGUGGAAGCGUAGCAAUCAAUGAAUCUCACGUCAACUUGGAUAUUAUACGUAAAAACUUUCGUGAGGAACUUGUGGUAGAUUUUUCGCGAAAGCCACGACAUGGUCAAUUGGAUGUAUUAAAUAGCAUUAUUAAGCAUACUACUCUGGUGAAACUUUUUGAUCUGUUAACCGGAAGAUCAUUGAUUUACCGACAUCAAAAGGAAGCAUUGUUGCGAGAUGAAAUUUUGUUUUACAUUUUGCCCAAAAAUGACGCUAACCGUCAUCGAACGAAUCGUUUGCGCAUAAUACUACCGGUAAUAGUGUUACCACAAAAGGAUCCACUCGUAAAGAUUAAAGAAUUUCCGGAUCGAAUUAAGCUAAUCACUGGGGGCAAUUAUUCUCUGUCAUCGGAGAUAUUUCAAGCUGUACAUCCAGUAAUCAAGCCAAGUGGUUUGGAAUAUCGAUUGCUCCAGGCAGGAAGUAAUGGAGUGAAAUUUUUGAUGAAAAGUGGUAUGACAGAAUUGUUUACCCAAGAUGACGUAAACAAAGGUAAAGUUGGACUUUUUCAUCAACAACAGCACAAUGUUCAUGGUGACAUCGAUGUAGUCGUCUUUCAGUCAUAUAAGAGCACUUAUUAUUGAUAUAUUGCCAUUAUCAUUAUCGCUCGAAAAUCAUUCCGAUGUGGAAUAUAUUCAAGGAAAAACUUAUGUACUUUUGAACAGAACUCAUUUCGGUGCUAAGUCAAACGGUGAUCGAUCCAAAAUUGUAUACAAAAUAACGAAGUUACCCGAGAAUGGCACAUUAUAUUGGGUAGCAGGAGAGAAGGAAGCAAACACGUUCACGCAGUUGGAUAUUGAUGAGGAACGUGUGCUUUACGCACAACUUAAUAUGCAAGCCUUCCAGGAUCGAUUCGAAUUUAAGGUUGAAAAUGAAUUAAAUGAAACAGUUCAGAGUAUUUCGUAUGUGCGUGUACUUCCGGUGCUAAAUCCACGAAUUCUUAUUGCUGAUAGCAGUUCAGUAGCGCUUAUUACUGGCGCACAUUUGAAUGCUUCCAUUUUGCAGUAUUUAACUCCACGUUUCUUCGUCACUAAAUCACCACGUUUUGGACGUUUUAUGUUAAAUUCAAAUGUGAGCCAGUACGUGGAAUUUUUCACUUACAAUGAUAUCAUAAAUAAUGGCUUAUUUUACGUACCCAAUCAAACUGAUGUUAUGGUACUCGAUUUUGCAGAAUUAGAAUUAAAUGCCGAUGAGAUUCAACCUGCUAGAUUCAGAUUUGAAAUUGAAAUUCAUCCAUCUACUAUAAUGAACUACAUCCCUUCAACUGAUAGUACCACGAAUCACUCGAUACCACCUGACUUAUCUAACUCAGCCAUGGUACCAGUCAAUGAAAUGAUUAAUUACUAUGUACUAAUCAUUCUGUUUGCACUUAUUGUUGCCGUAAUCAUAACUGUCAUCAUAUUCCGGCGACAUUUAAGCAAUCGAAAGCAACUGCGAGUGGUUAAGGCACAGAAAAGACGCGAAUUAGAUGUAAAAGCAAAAGCAGACCUUCAAAAGCAGCCUGAUUUGUUGAGUACCACGGUUUACGCUACGAUCGGACGUAGCCGUCGCGAGCUGUCCGAGAAACAACCUGAGCGUCCGUUACAAACAUUUGAUGGUUCAAAACAACGUACAUCUUUGACUCCAACACCGAUAUCUCAGCGAACUCAGUCCAGACCACUCUCCGGUGAACUGAUGGAUUACCGGGAGUUAAAUAUCCGGAAUACUCCAGAACUGAAUAGGUCUAGGCCGGAUCGAUAUCAGUCAACGAGGUUGAAAGACAGUCAGUAUUGGGUAUAA